UUUAUAUCUAUUUAUUUCACCACAGAAAAUUGCAAACAGAUAUUUGAUUCGCGUGUAAACAAAUCCGGCCGUUUUGACACAUCUCAGCUGUUUCCCGCUGUUCCUAACGUCAACAUAAUUCCAGCGCUGUCGCCGUCAAAAGUACAGUGCCGAUAUGAAUUUUAUGGUACCGCCGAUGAAAGAGUACAGAUAAAGUUUUUAGAUUUUCAUAUUCCAGCCGAAAAUAAAAACUCAACAGAAUGCAAGUUGAAUGAUGCUCUGCAGCUGUUAACGCAAGUACGGGGAAAAUACGAACCGGCUGAAAUAUUUUGCGGAGCAUUUCUACCAAAACCAAUUAUGUCGAAUGGCCCAAAGCUGUUACUACAAUUUAUUGGCCGUUAUCCCCCUACGGGGUCGAAAAUAAAUUACUAUGGUUUCAAAGCAGAGUACAAAUUUAUUAAAAACUUUGGUAUAUCGACUGGACGGCAAGUUGAUGAUAACUGUACUUUCAUGUAUAAUAGCACUGACCGGAAAUCAGGAUGGUUUGGCUCUCCAAAUUUUCCAGGAUAUUAUCCGCAAAAUAUUAUAUGUCAUUAUUACUUUUACGGUGAGCCUGAAGAACGGGUUUUUAUUCGAUUCACUUUCUUUGAUGUAGAGGGUAUCGGCACUUGCGAGUAUCUGACAGCUAGUGACUACGUAGAGUUUUCGAAUUUCAUGAGCACGGAUCGCAAGUAUGGAAAGUAUUGUGGGAAGCGUGAUAAGUUUGAGAUCCAAUCUGAUGGACGAUUCUUCCGUGUUUCGUUCUAUUCAAAUGAUCGUUUUGAUAAAACAGGAUUUCGUGCUCUGUACGAUUUUCAAGGAAAGAGUUCACAGGUGGAAAAUACCUCUAUGCAAAGCUAUGUAUCCAGCAGCAAUAUUGUUUUAAAUUCAUUUUUUAGUCAUAAUGUUGCAAUCAUAUUCGCAAUUAACUUUUUUGGCAAAUGUCAUAUAUAA